AUGAAAAGACUAUCACCCCUUCUCUGUUUGGUGUUUGUUAUUGUCUGGGUCAAUUCAGCUCUUGCAAAUAGUUCUUCUUCUUUCCUUUUAUUCGAAACUAGCAUGAAUGUAAAGCAGCUUAAUGCAUUAAAAUCGGAUGUUGUUUCUCACGGUUAUGAUUAUUUGACCAUGUUCAUAUGGAAGAGCAGCAUAAACAAGUUUGAUUGGUCAUCAUCAGAAGAGCAAUAUAACUUUACUACUUUAUACCAACAUUCGGCUGAUUUCUCCUACUUGGAGCAGAGAUUAUCAAACAAUAUGCUUGCUCAGGUGAAACGUGUGGUUUCGUCGACGAGGUCCAAAUCACUCCAAUCCGUGAUCCCAUUGGGAGUAAAAUCUCUGACACAAUCGUCUUCAAGCUCCACCUUUUCCAUUGGUAUUGAUUCUGCAGUUUCUGAUGAAUUUUCUAAUUUUGCCUCUUUCAACAAUGUUAGAGUUGAUGCCAACUCUUUACUAUUUUCAAUGAAUUUGCAAAUGUGUAGAUUAACAAAUGUCUAUGAAGAUUAUGAUGUCAUGAUUACAACAAUGAGUCAAUUUGUUAAUAAUAUUAGGUAUUAUAGAGAGGGAAGUGGAAAGAAAAAGUCAGCUUCUGAAUAUAUCAAUACUAGUGACUUUUAUAUUGUACCACUUGUCCCAUUCUCAGUGGUGGUCAACUCUGAUUCAAUUCAAUCGAUAAGUGUUCAUUCAGUUUCUAGUAAUCCAAUAUCAGGAAGUGAUCAACUUGAAAAAUUGAAGAAUUCUGGACAGGCCCUCUAUGUCAUUAAUAAUGAAAAGGAAUGUUUCAGUAAUCAACUUUAUUUUGGAGAUCAAUCGGAUAAGAAUUCUUUAUUGAUGUUGACAAGAAUGGGACAAUUAACAAGUAGAGAUCAAUCUUAUUUAAAUACGAAAUUUGGAAGUUCUAUAAUUUCAUACAAUACAUCAUUGUACAAUUCUCUGAUGGAUACUUUACAAAAAGAUUACAAAAAUAUUAGAAAUGGAUGGACUAUGAACGAAACUAUUUCAUCACUUUUGACAUCAUCUUGUCAUCCUUGUUCAACAACCUAUUGUAUUACUUUUAAUGAUAAUGAUUAUUGGAUUAUUCCUCAUUUUGUCAUUUGUAUUUUAUACUUUAGUUAUUUGUUUUUAUCAAGAUAUUUCAAGAGGCCUGCAAUUUCUAGAAGAUUACUCGUGCCAAUAAUUCCUUUCCUCGAAUGUGUUAUUUCUGAAAUUGCUUUUAUGAACUUUUGGGAUCCAAUCUGUAAUAGAAUAUUUUGGUACAUUUGUAUGUUUGUCAAUUGCUUCUCUGCUCUUCUCUACGUUUUUACCUUUGUUAGAUUUUACUAUUUGAAGAAUUUGCACUUUUUCAUGACGAGGGUGCAGAAGGAAUCUCACAUCAAGUUAUUGAAAUAUCUUGGAAGUGCUUCCUUUGGACUCUGGGUAACACCACUGGCCAGUUUUAUCAUUACUCUAUUGUUGACAGCUCAUGGUUUGCCAAUGUUUGCAAUUCCUACCUAUUCUGUCCAUGAGGAGAGUAUAAUUUUUUAUGUGGUGGUCGUUUUGUGUGCUGGUGCUAUUGUUCUAAUUGUGGACGUUAUUGUGAAUAGAAAGUAUAUUAAGGCAAAGGGAAUUAGAAGUUUUCUACUCUUUGAUGAUCCAUUUUACUUGAGAAUUGAUAUGAUAGCUGUGGUAUGUGCCUUAGUUGCCAUCAUUGUCUAUAUUAUACUCAAGUUGGCUGCCACAGAUGCUUUAUCACCAGCAGUUAUUGGAAUUCCAAGAUUUGUUGCCAAUGUUUUUGUAAUUUUGUUCUGUGGAGGCAAUGCCUUAAUUGGUGAAACUUGGAAAGAUAUCAAAUAUAGAAAGCAAAAUAAGGAUUUGAAUGAGAAUGAUGAAAACUUAAAUCGUUCAGUACUUCUUCAAACAUAUUUACAAAAUGCCGAUUUUCAUGAAUUAUUCAAACAUUAUUGUGAAAAAGAAUUUUCUGGUGAGAAUAUGAAUCUUUUCGAUGAAUUGGAGAAAUUGAGAUCUAAUGGAAAUAAGGAACUCAAAUUGGAAAUAAUCGCCAGGAUUGAAAGAGAUUUCAUUCAUCCCCAAUCCAGAUACAGUGUCAAUAUUAGUGCUGAGGCAAAUAAUAAUUUCUAUGGACUACUCAAGACAGUGAAAAACAAAAAUAGUGACAAUGUCAGUGUCACCUCAGGAACCAGUAAUGGAGAUAGUGUUAAGGUUGAGCAAAUGGUGAAAAUUCUCUCUGACGACAUUUCCACCAACAUGUACGAUACCUUUACAAGAUUUUGCAGGAGUAACGAAUAUGUCAAGUGGAAACAUGUUUACGAUCUUCAAAAGGCACAGGACAGAUUCUAA